CCAGGAGACCUGCGUGGAAAUUGGCGAGAGUGUGCGUGGAGAGGACGUCUAUAUCGUUCAGAGUGGUUGUGGGGAAAUCAAUGACAGUCUGAUGGAGCUUUUGAUCAUGAUUAAUGCCUGCAAGAUUGCUUCAGCCAGCAGGGUUACCGCAGUCAUCCCAUGCUUUUUUCCCUACGCCCGACAGGAUAAGAAAGAUAAGAGCCGGGCCCCAAUCUCUGCCAAGCUUGUAGCAAAUAUGCUGUCUAUAGCAGGUGCGGACCAUAUCAUCACCAUGGACCUGCAUGCUUCUCAAAUCCAGGGCUUUUUUGACAUACCAGUAGACAAUCUGUAUGCAGAGCCAGCUGUCCUGAAGUGGAUAAGGGAGAAUAUCUCUGAGUGGAGGAACUGCAUUAUUGUCUCACCAGAUGCUGGUGGAGCGAAGAGAGUGACGUCCAUUGCUGACUGGUUGAAUGUGGACUUUGCCUUGAUUCACAAAGAGCGGAAGAAGGCCAAUGAAGUGGACCGCAUGGUGCUUGUGGGAGAUGUGAAGGAUCGUGUGGCUAUUCUAGUGGAUGAUAUGGCUGACACUUGUGGUACCAUCUGUCAUGCCGCUGAGAAGCUUCUCUCAGCUGGAGCCACCAGAGUUUAUGCAAUCUUGACUCACGGAAUCUUUUCAGGUCCAGCCAUUUCUCGCAUCAAUGGUGCCUGCUUUGCAGCAGUAGUAGUCACCAAUACCAUACCUCAGGAGGAUAAGAUGAGGCAUUGCUCCAAAAUACAAGUGAUAGACAUCUCCAUGAUCCUUGCAGAAGCCAUCCGGAGAACUCACAAUGGAGAAUCUGUUUCUUAUCUGUUCAGCCAUGUUCCUUUAUAACAGAAUAACUUCCAGGUUAUUUUAUUUUAAAAUAAAAGAAAAUAGAAAGAAAAAAAAAAAAAAAAAAAUACCCUGCUUGUUAUUUUCCCUUAGUAUUUGAUGAAAAGUUCAGCAGAAGACCCAGCUUGAUCCAGUGUAACUUUCUGCAUCCUACAUCUGGUAUGUUAGUUUGUCCUAUGAUAAUUUGAGGAAGGACAAUUAGAGACUAAUUGUUGGGAUUUCCUGAGUCAAUUGUCUCAUUCUGGCUUCGUUACUGAUUUUAUGAGCCCUCUGACCUUAACUACAGUUCAGCCACUGCAAGAUUUCAGACUUCUGAGGGUGUGGUGUAGAGGUGUUUGAAAGUAAUUGGAGAAGCCUAGACUACCUGUGACUGCUUCAGGGGUGACUUUUGUUCAGAGCUACCAGUAACAAAGCCACCCAAUCCACUCUUCGCUUCUCCAACCCUGAUGUGUCACAAGUUCUCAAAAAUGUAUCUACCUAAUUACAGCAAGAGCUCUGGAAAAAACCCAAACCAUUUUCCUGGCUGCUGGAUCCCCUGAAAGCAGGAGCAGGCAGCUUUCAGCCUGAGGAGUCAUUGGGAUCAAGAGAGGAGACAGCAAAGUGCCAGAUAUCUAUAAGAAACCUUGGGAUAUACGGAGAUGGAGAAAAAUAUAUCAAGUAAAUUGUAACAAGGCAAAGCUAAGAAUUCUAUUAUGAACCAACGCAAAAAAAAAAAAAACCAGGAAUAUAUUUUGCUGAUUAAACCAGCAAAUACGUUGAAACCAUUGUGAAUCAUUAUGCAUCUAACAGCUCAAUAUUGAAAUGCAAAUAGAAGGACGAAACUAUGAGAAUAUGAAGAGAAAUGAAUAAUAUGCAAUCAUAAGAA